ACAGUUAAACCCACUCUUCACUUUCACAGCGAACAGAUCAUGGGCAGCAUUCGCCGGCACAAGAAUGCGAUGAGUGCUCUUCUCGCCGAGUUCUACGACAAGCCCAACAACAAUCUUGAGUUUGGUGAUGAGUUCGACGAUUAUGUGACCAACAAAAAGCGGCGUGAGGAUGAGGGCAGCGCCGGUGGCAUGUGCCAGAGUGUUGUGCGUUAUGCCCGCCCCCAAAAAGCCAAAGCCGCCUCGGGUGAAUGGAAGUUCAUUGUGAAUACGGGACAGCACACACAAACUCUGCGCCUCGAGAAAUGCAGUAAUCCUGGGGAUAGCUGUUCGUAUCUGGCGCAGACUUAUCGCUCGCACUGUUCGCAGGUGUACAACUAUCAUCGACUGUUGAGUUGGGACAAGGUGCGUGGAUUGCAUGUGGAUAUAUUUAAGGUGCCCACCUGCUGCUCGUGCCAGGUGGAUGGCUAUCGCCAGCAGUUCCCACCACUCUCCACCAUACAGGCCAAGGAUUAUACGCCGAUAAACAAUUAUAAGCUCGAUAAUGGCUAUAGCACCAUCAAUGAGGAGGAUCUCGACUAUAACGAUGAGAGCGAUGAGGAUGAUCUGGGCUUGAGUUAUUCACCAUACAAUCAUCAUCGCGAUACGAAUGAGUUGAGUUAUUUGGCCAGCAAAAAGGUGCGCUCCAAGCUGCCACUGCCCUCCAGUGUGGGUCCCUAUUUGAGUCCACCCGAUGAUGACAAUCACUUUGGCAGCUAUAAGCCCGCUCACAAGAGCAGCAGCAGUUCCAGCUCCAUUUCCAGUUCCAGCUCCCCUUCCAGUUCUAGUUCGAAAAAUUAUUAUCAACAUUUGAGCCGCCGGCGGCCGCAGCAACACAAUGAGCCACGUGUCGAUGUGGAUCUGAGUCUGGAUUUGGCUGGCAGCGAGACGCAGUCGGAACAAGAGCCACCACCACCACUGGAGGAACAGCACGCUUACCCAUACAGCACGUAUCCCACAAACCACAGACCACAGCAGCUGCAGCAGUCCCCAGUAGUGGUAGCCUACCAGCCCGAACAGGAGCUGCAGCAGCAGCAGCAAGUGGUGGUGCCACCUAUGCCCAUGAAGCAGCCGGGUCUGUUGCAUCCGGCGCAACUGCACCAUCUGACGCUGCCUUCCACCCGGGUCAGCGGAUCAGUCACUAUGCCAACGGCGAGAAGCCGCGACCUCGCUUCUAUGCGCCCCUCCCGACGACGCCCGCUGCUCCAGUCACGAUCCCAGCUGGCGCAGCGACGCCAUUAUUAUCACCAUCCAGCAGCAGCAGUACCACCACAGUCCAGCAGAAGCAAUCGACGCCACAGUUUUCACAGCCAGCAUCACAUCUAAAUUCCAUCUACAGCAAUAGUAAUCAUCAUAACAAUGGCAGUCGUCGCAUCAACUACAGCUAUCAUCCUAUC